AUGCCGGCGUGGUGGAAGGGCAAGGGCAGGAGCAAGUCUAGCAAGGCUGGAGCGGCGUCGCCGGCGCCGGCCGGCUCGAUCCCGGCGGCCGUUUCCAUCGCCGGCGAGGUGAAGGGGGAGAAGGGGAAGAAGAAGGCGAGCAGCUUCGACGAGGCGCUCCUCGCCAAGGGCGUCCGCGGGAAGCAGCAACCGCCGGCGGCGGCGGGGGAGGUUAUUGGGCUCCCGCUCCCGCGCCCGGCGUCCUUGCCGGCGCCGCUGCCGUCCGCCUCUGCCUCCGCCUCCGUGUCGGCGUCGGCGUCCAGCGGCUGCGGCUCCUCGCUGGGGUCCUCGGCGUCCGACGAGCAGCUGGAUCUCGGGGUUUACAGGUUGUCAGAAACAAGCAGCACUCUUCUGGGCAGAACAGUAGCAAUUGAAUCUCGGAAACAAAGUUAUGUGCCAGCAGAUGGGACCAUUUUCACCAAUAAUCGGGCUGUGGAGCAUACCCGAUUGUCUGAAACAUCAGUUUCCCCAAGGAAAGAAUUUCACCUUCAAAAUUUGGAUCUUGCAAAUGAUCGAACUACAUACUGUCGUGGUCGGAAAUCAACAGAAAUUGUGUUCAGUACACAAGUGCCCACUUCUCCUAGCUCAAGAGGACAUCACUAUUCAAAUUCCCCUGUGCCAUCAAGAACAUUUGGGCAAUGCCCUGCAUCUCCUACUUCAUGGCAGGAUGAUUCACGAAGCUCAAGCUCACCCCAACCUCUUCCUCUUCCCCCAGGCUCCCCAUGCUUGCCUUCCCGUUCUCUACAGUGGAAGAAGGGGAAGUUGCUAGGUAGUGGGACGUUUGGGCAAGUAUACAUGGGAUUCAACAGUGAAGGCGGUCAAAUGUGUGCAAUUAAAGAGGUUAAGGUCAUUUCAGAUGAUUCUAACUCAAAAGAGUGCCUCAGGCAGCUAAAUCAGGAAAUCAUGCUGCUGAGAGAGCUGUCACAUCCAAACAUUGUUCAGUACUAUGGCAGUGAUUUGUGCAAUGAGACACUCUCGGUCUAUCUCGAGUAUGUUUCUGGGGGCUCUAUCCAUAAGUUGCUUCAAGAAUAUGGUCCGUUCGGGGAGGCAGUUCUUCGGAAUUACACAGCACAAAUCCUUUCUGGCCUUGCAUACUUGCAUGGGCGGAAUACAGUGCAUAGGGAUAUCAAAGGGGCAAACAUACUUGUUGAUCCUAAUGGUGACAUCAAGCUUGCUGAUUUUGGUAUGGCCAAGCACAUAUCAGCAUAUACAUCUAUCAAAUCCUUCAAAGGGAGCCCUUACUGGAUGGCACCAGAGGUUAUUAUGAAUAGCAAUGGUUACAGCCUUUCAGUAGACAUUUGGAGCCUUGGCUGCACCAUUCUUGAGAUGGCAACAGCAAAGCCUCCUUGGAGUCAGUAUGAAGGGGUGGCAGCAAUAUUCAAAAUUGGGAACAGCAAAGACUUACCUGAUAUCCCAGAUAAUCUUUCUUCUGAGGCGAAAAGCUUCCUCAAACUCUGCUUGCAGCGUGAUCCUGCUGCCCGCCCUACAGCUGCUCAGCUGAUGGAUCACCCUUUUGUCAAGGACCAUGCUACAGUCAGGAGUUCCAGGUCUGGCAUCACGAGGGAUAUGUAUCCUACUUCAACUGAUGGAAAAAACAGCAUGGUGAAGAUUGCAACUUCAUCAUACAGAAGCUUAUCUCCUUUAAGAGAUCCUGAUAUCAUGAUAAGAAACUUGCCAGGACCAACAUCCCCCAUUCCUUCGACAUCAAGUCGCAGGAUCACAGCAUUGAACCCAUCCACUGUUCGGAUGAACAUGUCGCUGCCUGUCUCUCCCUGCUCUAGCCCGCUACGGCAGUACAGGCAGUCCAACCGAAGUUGCUUGCCAUCCCCUCCUCAUCCAGCCUAUUCAGCUGGAGCAGCCAACUACAGUCCUAUCAACAAUGCACUCUACCCGAAAUCUCUCACAGAUCCAUGGCUCGAAAUCUCUCAGCUGAAAACACAAUCUUUUGAUUCUCCAAGAAGAUUGUAG